AAUGUGCAUUUUUUUGAAUUUAAUUCUUGUUUAAUUUUGUUUGAAUUUUGAAACAAAAGAUUUUCAAUGUGCAUCUUAUUUAUUUAUUCCAAUCCCAACCCACCAGUUGAUGGAUAUCGAUUAAUAAUUGCUACCAAUCGAGAUGAAAUAUUCAAAAGACCUGCUGCCGAAGUGGAUAAAUGGGUGGAAGAUCAAUACAUAAUUGGUGGUCGUGAUUUGGAAAAAGGGCGAGAAGGAGGCACAUGGUUUGCAUUAUCAACACGUCCAAUAAAUAAACAAAGUUUUUUAAGAGUAGGUGUAUUAUUAAAUAUUACAGGCGAACCUAGAUUACUAAAAGGUCGAGGUCGAGGAAACAUUAUUGUAGAUUAUGUUAAUAGUGAUCAAACGGGACAGAAAUAUAUAAAUGAAUUGCGAAAAAAUAGUCACGAAUUUAAUGCGUUUAAUUUUAUAGCAAUUGAAAUUGGUGAUAAUUUAGCGAAAACGUACCAUUAUUCAAAUGUAGAUGAUAAAGGUGUCCUGGAAUUAGACACCACGAAAUGUUUAGGAUUAGGGAAUAGUCUACCAGAUGCUCCAUUAAAAAAAGUCUUAGCUGGUGAAGAAAGAUUUCGUGACAUUGUCAAUAUUUAUAAUACUAAAAGUGAUAAGGAUAAAUUAGUCGAAGAAUUAUUUUAUUUAUUAAAAUGGGAAGAUCGUCAUUUACCUGAUCCAGAAUUAGAGAGACGAGCACCAGAAUGGAAAGAAUAUUUAAGUUGUAUUUUUGUAAAUAUUCCAGAAGCUGGUUAUGGUACUCGCACUCAUUCGAUUGUCUUGGUAGAUGAUAAAGGAAGAAUUGAUUUUUUGGAAGAUACGAUGCAACAACCCAUACAAGUUGAACAGCCAAUUUGGCGAUUAAAACGGAUUAGUUCACAUUUAUAAUAAUUCCAUUAUAAAUAAUUGUUAUAUUAGCAAUUUAUUUUUUAUUUGUAAAUAUACUUAUUAUUUUAUUUGAUAUGGGAGCAAAAUCAAAACGGUGUUCUUAUAUUUUA